AUGGAGGCUGCCGCUUGUGGACCGGCGGCUCUGCAAUUUCCUCCUCCGCACGUGCGUUCGAAUAGAAACGAAGGCAAGCAGAGGAACGACUUGCCGUCGCCUCGUCGGAGUAAUCUCCACCUUGUAACCGUUGGUGACUCGCGAGGGAAACACGGGUUUCUUAGGCAGAGGAAGCCUCCUGUCGGUCAAUUACAAUCUCUUGAGUGUUCGCAAGUAGUCCCGGCUUUGGAAGCAGGAUAUUUGCGCGCUUCUUCCAAUGGAAAUUGGUUGCUCAAGACAAAGGCCCAAGAAGUGAGCUUGUGCUUAGAUGGCCGCUCCAUUUUCCUUGUCGGGAUGAUGGGCUCUGGAAAGACGACGGUCGGAAAGAUUUUGUCUGAAGCAUUAGGCUAUACUUUUGUUGACAGUGACAAAUACGUGGAGCAGGCUAUUGGCCAAGAUUCUGUCACUCAAAUCUUUAAACAACGUGGGGAGUGUAUCUUCAGAGAUUUUGAGAGUGAUGCAUUACGGAAAUUGUCUUUCACGCCCCAGCAAGUUGUUGCAACUGGUGGUGGUGCAGUUGUUCGGCCUAUCAACUGGAAAUAUAUCAGGCAGGGAGUUAGUGUCUUCUUGGAUGUGCCCUUGGAUGCCCUGGCUAGGAGAAUUGCCGCUGUAGGGACUGAUUCCCGCCCCCUUUUGCACUUUGAAUCAGGCGAUCCAUACACACAGGCUUUCAUUGGACUUUUCACUCUCUCAAAAAAGAGAGCUGAAUCAUAUGCCAGUGCUGAUGUUACAGUUUCCAUUCUGGAUCUUGCUGCUAACCUGGGCGUUGAAGAUGUUCUUGAUGUCACACCAACAGCUAUAGCGAUUGAGGUACUUGUACAAAUGGAGAAAUUUCUUCAAGGCAACAACAUGUCCAGGCGAAUGUUUCCUUAAUCGAUGAUAUAUGGAUAUCAUGUUUUUUAGCUUCUUACACUGCUUUUUCCGUUUUUGAACUCUAUCUUGCAACUCUCUGCUCCCUAUUUUGAACUGAUAUUAAGAGAAGUUCUGUUAAUUAGGGUUGCACGGCUUGUAUAGGUAAAGUAUGUCCAUGAUCCAUACUUAGCAAUUAGUGUUGACUUAGUGCUUGGACAUUUGUCUAUUCAAUUACGAAAUAAUAGUAGGGCUAUACUGGCACACUGAUACUUAAAACGAAUGGUACUGCAUUGUGGACUCA